GGGCCCUGCUGCAGAAGCUGCAGGUGCGGCUGCCCCAGCUCCACAUGGAGGGCUUUCACAAUCUGUGGAUAAUCAAGCCUGGAGCUAUGUCCCGUGGUAGAGGCAUCACCUGCUCAGCACGGCUGGAGGAGGUGCUGGAGCUGCCUGGGAAACACCCAGCACCCUCACUGAAGCCAAGACAAUGGGUAGCACAGAAAUAUGUGGAGCGGCCGCUGCUCAUCUUUGGCACCAAGAUUGACCUGCGGCAAUGGAUCCUGGUGACUGACUGGAACCCACUGACCAUAUGGUUCUACCGGGACAGCUAUGUGCGCUUCUGCUCCCAGCCCUCCUCACUGCACCACCUGCAUGCCUCCCGCCACCUCUGCAAUGUGUCUGUCCAGAAGCAGUGGAGGCACGCUGGAGGCCGUCACCCCAAACUGCCCUGUGACUUGAUAUGGUCCAGCCACCAGUUCCAGCUUCACCUGCAGCAAGUGGGGCACAGGGAGGCCUGGGAGAACGUGAUUGUGCCAGGCAUGAAGGAGGCGGUGGUGGCUGCCCUGCACAGCGGCCGGGAGCUGGUGAGGGACCGCAAGGGCAGCUUUGAGCUCUAUGGAGCCGAUUUCAUGUUCGGAGAGGACUGCCAGCCGUGGCUGCUAGAGAUCAUCGUCAGUCCCACCAUGGCGCCCUGCUCAGCAGUGACCCGACAGCUCUGCGCUGCCGUCCAGCGUAACAUCCUGCGUGUGCUCCCGGACCACAGGGAGAACCCCGGCUGCUCCACCGGAGCCUUUGAACUCAUCUACAAAGAGAAUUUCAAACUACCAGUUAACAAGCCUGAAGAAAGAAUGAGUGAGAGGAAGAACUUUGGGAAAGAAAACAGAAAUUGGCUGUACUACAACAGGCUGUACUACAACAGGCUGUACUACAACAGGCUGUACUACAACAGGCUGUACUACAACAGGCUGUACUACAACAGGCUGUACUACAACAGGCUGUACUACAACAGGCUGUACUACAACAGGCUGUACUACAACAGGCUGUACUACAACAGGCUGUACUACAACAGGCUGUACUACAACAGGCUGUACUACAACAGGCUGUACUACAACAGGCUGUACUACAACAGGCUGUACUACAACAGGCUGUACUACAACAGGCUGUACUACAACAGGCUGUACUACAACAGGCUGUACUACAACAGGCUGUACUACAACAGGCUGUACUACAACAGGCUGCCCUGCUCUGUUUCAAACUCAAAAUAA